AUGGGUGAACCAAUAGACAAUAGUUGUACCGCAUGCGGGUGGACACUCGACAAAGAAAAACGUUGUCACUAUUCCAGCCACCUUAAACUAUUCUAUGGCGCAUCUACACGGGGCGUCUGGUCCAUCGGUUCAGAUGUGAUUUUGAAAGAUCGGCCUGAUGAGGGCCCAAAAGCAAAAAUUGAAGUCAAAACACUGAACCAUCUGGCGACCUAUCCCGAGAUCCCAGUCCCAAAGGUCCUACGUGACUGGGUCGAUCGCGAUGGGCGAUACUUCGUUUUAAACGAACGUAUAGGUGGUCAAACGCUCGAGGAGGCAUGGACUUCUUUAUCAGAAACCCAAAAGAUAGAUAUCGCGGAUCAAGUCGUUCAAGUGCGUAAGCAGCUUAAAUCCGUCACGUCAACCUCCAUCCAAUGUGUCGAUCAAAGCCCAUGCUACCCAGGCUUACUAUUCUUCGAUCUUGAGCCUCGCGGACCAUUUCACUCCGACCAAGAGCUCUGGGAUGCCCUGGCCCUUAAUCUUCACUAUCUCCCUCAGCGAGUUUUGGAAAAUUUGAAGAAGCGACUACCAAAUUGCGAGCCCUACGUGCUCACUCAUUGCGAUCUCAAUUUGGGAAACAUCAUGAUCCGAGACGGGAAGGUUGUCAGUAUACUUGACUGGGAAUAUGCUGCAUUUUUCCCUAUCUGGUAUGAGUACGUCUCGGCCUCUUUUGGAUUUACUGACAUGGAUGUCGAAUGGAAAAAUCUGCUCCGAAAGCGCUUAGGCGUACAUGGCGAGGCGCACGAGGAUGCAAAGGCAUUCUGGACGGAUAUGUGUAAUCUAAGACAGUACCCCAAUCUGGAUGAGAAAGGUCACGAAACGUUAGAGAGACUGUCUUAG